GGGUAAAGAUUUCACCAAGAUAGUUGGGCAAAAGGGAGGUGCGCGAGUGUGUCUCCGGUGCAACUUCUGUGUCUGCGUCUGUGUGUAUAUUCGUCUGUGAUACUCUGUAGUGUGUGUGCUCCCGUGUGUGUGUUUGUGCACAAUCAGAUCAGAAUUCCAUUUCCUUCCCACAUCCGAGGCAGGCCGGGACAUGGCAACAACCGUAUUCAACGGCUACCCAAUCAUGCAAAGUAGAUGUCAGCCUGAGAUGGAUAGCAGCAGCAGCAGCAGCAGCAGCAACGCGACGAAGCAGUCGGCGGCGAAGGAAAAACCGAGCGCACCGUCACGGCACCGCGUAGUAGGUAAUGAGCUGCAGAGCGUGAAACAGCAACCGUCCCAGCGACAGCAGGAGCCUUCCCGUGUGCCGGACCGCGCCGAAGCAAACCAAGUGCCGACAUACUACUCGCAACCAGGAGCCAUCGGUGACAGACGCAGCCGGACCGCAGACAGGACCGCACCAACCAACAGCAGCAGCAGCAGCAGCAGCAGCAGCAUCGCCAGCAGCAACAUCAGCAUGAGCACGCCAUCGUUCAACCGUGACCGUCUUGGGCAGUGGGCCGCCGAAUCCGACGGCGAAAUCGCGGGUUCAAUCGCUGGCUUCGAUCGACUCCGCAAUGGAAAGUUCAAUAAGGGUCUGUCCUUCAGCAUCGAGGAGCGGCAGGUGCUGGGCAUCCACGGGCUGAUGCCGGCGAUCGUCCGCACGGAGGAGGAGCAGGUGCAGCACUGCCUGGAGCUGCUGAAGCACUACACCGACCCGCUGAACAAGUACAUCUACCUGAUGGGGCUGCUGGAUCGGAACGAGCGGCUGUUCUACCGCGUGCUUGCCUCGAACAUCGGCGAGAUGAUGCCGCUGGUCUACACGCCGACGGUCGGGCUGGCCUGCCAGAAGUACAGCCUGGUCUACCAGCAGCCAAAGGGCAUGUACAUCACGAUCAACGACAAGGGCCACGUGUACGAGGUGCUGAAGAACUGGCCGGAAAGUGACGUGCGCGCGAUCGUGGUGACGGACGGCGAGCGCAUCCUCGGGCUGGGCGAUCUGGGCGCGAACGGCAUGGGCAUCCCGGUCGGCAAGCUCGCGCUGUACACGGCCCUGGCCGGCAUCAAGCCGAGCCAGUGCCUGCCGGUGACGCUGGACGUCGGCACCAACACGCAGUCGAUCCUGGACGAUCCGCUGUACGUGGGGCUGCGGCAUCGGCGCGUGACCGGCCCGGCCUACGACGAGUUCGUGCAGGAGUUUAUGGAGGCGGCGGUGCGCCGGUUCGGCCGCAACUGUCUGAUCCAGUUCGAGGACUUUGCCAACUCGAACGCGUUCCGGUUUCUGGACCAGUACCGCCACGACUACUGCACGUUCAACGACGACAUCCAGGGCACGGCGUCGGUCGCGGUGGCCGGGCUGCUCGCCUCGCUGCGCAUCACCCGCACCAAGCUGGCGGACAACCGCGUGCUGUUCCAGGGGGCGGGCGAGGCCGCCCUCGGCAUCGCCCAGCUGUGCGUGAUGGCGAUGAAGCGGGACGGGCUGACGGAGGAGGAGGCCCGCCAGCGCAUCUGGCUCGUCGACAGCAAGGGGCUGAUCGUGAAGGACCGGCCGACCGGCGGCAUCAGCGGCCACAAGCAUCUGUUUGCGCACGAGCACGCCCCGGUCGGUACGCUGCUGGAGGCGGUGCGGGAGCUGAAGCCGACGAUACUGAUCGGUGCGGCCGCCAUUGCCGGCGCGUUCACGCCCGAGGUGCUGCGCACGAUGGCCGCGAACAACGAGCGGCCGGUCAUCUUCGCCCUGUCCAACCCGACCAGCAAGGCGGAGUGUACGGCGGAGCAGGCGUACGAGCAUACGGACGGGCGGGCGGUGUUCGCCUCCGGCUCGCCGUUCGCCCCGGUCACGCUCGGCGACCGGACGUUCCACCCGGGGCAGGGCAACAACUCGUACAUCUUUCCGGGCGUCGCGCUCGGCGUGCUGUGUGCCGGCGCGUCCACCAUCCCGGAGGAGAUCUUCCUGCUGUCCGCCCAGCGGCUCGCCGAGAUCGUGACGGACGACGACCUGGAGCGGGGCAGCCUGUACCCGCCGCUGGAAAACAUCAAGGACUGCUCGAUCAAGAUCGCGACCCACAUCAUGGCGUACGCGUACGCGGAGGGGCUGGCCUGCACGCAACCGGAGCCGGACGACAAGGAGGCGUUCGUGCGCGCCCAGAUGUACGACGCGAGCUACAAGCCCGCCGUCCCGUCCGUGUACGCCUGGCCGAAGCUGUAAGAAGGAAUGGCGCAAUAGGAGAGAAGGGGAGAGAGAGAGAGAGAGAGCGCUCACCGAGUUUCCAAUUCUGUGUUUUGGUUGCUACUGUUUUGGCGCGUUGUUUGUUUUUGAUUUUUGUUUUAUUUUUUAAUUAACUCUCGCGGUGUUAGAUCAGUGGUUUUUUUUUGUUUUGUUUGUAGUGUGGGAUGCAAUCCCCCCCCCCCCCCCUUUCUUCCCUUUCAGUUUAAAUGUGUCCGUUACACACGUUACGUAGUGUUAUUUUGAAACUUUUUUUGUUAUAUCGUGUCCCUUUUUCUUGCUUAACCUGCUUUUCUCUCCUCCGGCUCCCGUACCUUGUGCUUCGAGGAUUUGUGUAUAACACAUCGCUUGUGAGCGUGAAGCAUCGAACAAAAAAAAAAAGAAACAUCCA